UAGUUGACUGUUACCUCAUAAAAUUUACCGGGUCGAUGGAGUUUGUGGUUGACGAGAGCCUAUCUCUGUUUUGUGCGUGGACGUUGCCCAUAAGUUAAUGAACGACAAACUUUUAAUUAAGCAAAAUGAGGUAGGGUAGGAAAAGUCGUCGUCAUUUCGCAAGGCACAUCCCUCCUAAAGAAUUUAGCUGUAGAUGAUCAAAGAAAAUGCUCAGCAACAUCCUUGUAUCACACGAAUUUUCCGCACGAAUAUGGAGACAACUCUUGGCUCAUCUCAUAUAUUAUUCCCUCACAUCCGACUUGUCGAUAGAAGCUGCUCAUACAACAGAGGAAAUCACCGCAGAAACGGAGGAGAUUAUGCCUAAUUCAAGUUACACAGGUCGAGAUCAAAAAGAAAUAGAAAACAUAUUUAAGAAGCAUGGCAUUAUUCCGGAUUUAAUAGACGAUGCUCCACAAUAUGAGCUAAAUAUGCGAUAUGCUGGAGCAAUCUCGCCUGAUUUUGGCACAAAACAUCGACCAGAGGAACUAAAAUUUCCUCCUUUUGCUAUUCGAUUUGAAACAAUACCACACGUUAUGUACUCGUUAUUUAUGUUCGAUUUAGAUUCACCCUUAAGGAAAAAUGCAACGAAGAGACCAUACGUUCAUUGGAGCUUAGUUAACAUACCGAACUAUAGUAUUUUACAUGCUGAAACACUAGUUAAAUAUAUUGGUCCUUCCCCGGAGAAAGGAACAGGACUACAUCGAUAUGUAUUUUUAAUUUAUCAGCAGCCAUAUGUAUCGUACUUCAACUACACAGUAUCUUAUACGGAACCGCGUUUGUUGAAUUCGACAGAUGACCCACAGCGUGCAAACUGGGAUAUACGUAAGAUCGCUAAAAAGUAUAAGCUAGAAGGACCAGUGGCCGGUAACUUUCUUUACUGUGAAUGGACUCCGCAAUCAGAAGACACAUGAAGUGGAAUUAUAUUACUGUAGGGCACGACAAUGAUUGCUGUGAAUGCGUGAAAAAUGCUCAAAUGUUGCAAAAAAAUUCUGUUACAUGCAAAUAAUUCGCGGAUUUUCAUUUUCGUUUCUCAACACACCUUUGUUAUCUAAUGAUAGAAGGAACUCUUGUGUAACAUGUUUAGGCUCUGUCUGCUGGAAAAAUAAAAUUUGUCCCUCUACGAAA